AUGUCGGUAAUAGUGAAGUCCAAAAUUUUGCGAAUGCAUAUGAGAAUAUUUCAAAUUUUCGGGUUUUUCACACUUUCAAUAAAUCCAUCAACAGUAGAAGAGAAAAAGAAAAGGAAGGAAUGUCUUUUAUUAUUGUGGAGCGUAUUAUUAUUUACAAUUUAUAAUUCCACAUACAUCUUUGUUAAUUUUAUCAGUACUGAUGAGUAUUAUUUCAAAAAAGAUCGAUUUGGUUAUUUUAACGAUGGUUUGAAAAUAAAUUUCGCACAUCUCGCUCUGGUAGCAAGUUAUAUAGAGUCAAUAUUCUUUCGUUCGAAGCUACGAAGAUUUUGGUUGCUCUAUAAUAAACUACGUGAACAAACAUUGAAGAAAAACGACAAGGUGCAGAAUUGUUGGACACAAAUUAUGUUCAAUUGGCGUUAUCUAUGCAUUUUUUAUAUAUUUCUCAUUAUGCAGAUCUCCUUAGAAAUAACAUUUAUAGUACGUCAAGAGAAAAGCCGACAUUUAAUUCUAUAUUGGUCGAUGUUCCUGCCUUACAUUUACGCUUUACAUACUCGUAAUAUGGAAUUUGUUUUCCAUUUGGAAAUUAUGCGUAAAGAAUUAGUGAAACUGGAACAUGAUCUAUGUGUUCUGGCAGAUUAUACAAGAUUCGCUACAAUCGUUGUACCAUUUACGGGUUUCGGAAAUUAUUUGCGCCGUAAGAUAUAUGAAAAACAGCAAGUCUAUCAAACCAUAUAUGGCAUGUACAGAAUGUUUCAGGAAUCAUUCAGUUUCUCCAUAGCAGCAGUUUUAUUACAAAUUUAUGUACGAGUAUUGGUAGAUACAUAUUUUACAUAUUAUACUAUAUAUACGGUUGGAAAUACAUACGAGAAUUUUUUGUUGAUCCCGGCAAUUCUAGAAAUUCCAGUGUUUUUAUUAACAUCAAAAUACUGUAUGGCCAUGGUUAAACGUAUAACAUAUCAACUACAUAAUAUAAUUCGGGAAGCGCAUGAUAUAAAAAUAUCCAUGCAGAUACAAAACUUUUCCCUACAAAUCUUGCAUCAACAUAUACGAAUAGAUGGCAUAGGCAUCGCUGUGAUGGAUGGUUAUAUGUUAACAAGGGCUGUGGGUUCUGUCACAACUUAUAUGAUUUUUUUCAUACAAUUUAUGCCGAAAUUUCAAUCUCUAAAUUAAUUUCUUUAGUAUUUAAGGCUUUUAAGGUUUUUUUAUACGUAAGUUCUUAUUUAUUGUAUACAGGUUCUUAUGAAAUAGAUAUUCUUUUUUGAGUUAUUUUUACAAAAACAUGUAGUUCACAAGUUGGUGAUAAUAAAAAGCAAUUUUAUGAAUCAUAAACAAUGUUACCAUUAGCAAAUCAGAUUUGUGUUAGAUAAAAUGUUUAAUAUCAUUUCUACAAUAAAAUUUCAAAUUUUAUGGAAAUUGGUGCCCUU